GUUCGGAACAAAACUGGAAUACUCUGAUAAACAUUACAUUAAACAAAUUGAAUAUUGCACAGACCUUCAUUUUGUCGAUUCAUUAAUUAUAAAAUAAAUUUUAUAGUUAACCUACUGAAUGAAUCACAGGUCACGCCGAUUGAACUGCUCACGAAGAACACCGAACCCAGCAGCUGUUUUGCCUCUGAUAUUGCAGCUAAAUUGAUGCAAAACUGGCACACACAGGCGGCAGCAGUAGUGGCAGCAGCAUGCGACGCAACAAUUAUCCCUAUCAGCCCCUAAAUCAGCAUCCUGCUCCCAGCGGACCAGCUGGACACGAUGCAUUGGAGGCCGAAAACGAACGCGCCGCCGAGGAACUGCAACAGAAGAUAGGCGCACUCAAAUCCCUGACCAUAGACAUUGGCAAUGAGGUGCGCUAUCAGGACAAGCUGCUGCGCGGCAUUGACGAUGACAUGGAUCGGACAGGUGGAUUUCUGGGCAACACAAUGACACGCGUCGUACGUCUGGCCAAGCAGGGGGGCGGCUCCAAGCAAAUGUGUUACAUGUUCCUCUUCGUCCUGUUCGUUUUUGUGCUCCUGUGGCUCACGCUGAAGUUCAAAUAGUCGGGCCGUGUUUUAUUUUUUAAAUAUAUUUUUAAAUAACUACAAUUGUGGUCAAUCUUCAAGUGGGAAUCUGGAAUCCUGGUGUAUGUUACAAUAUAGUAUAAGCUAACUCAUAAUUGUGCUUCAGUUCUUUAACAUAUCGCGCAUAUCCAUUUACAAGUUGUCUUAUUGCAGUUAUCCAUGAUCAUAAAUGUAAGCACUUAAUGGACCUCGUCAACCAAA